GCUGACCUGCGAGCAUCCAAACACAGGCACGUUAUCCGCUUUCAGGAGCGCCUCCUUUUUUCAUCCUCCAUCAUCGCUCCAGAAACCGCUGGGAGAAAUAUUUUUCUUUGAAAAAGGCUUUUUUAAAAAAAAAUUUAAUUUUUUUUCAUUUCUCCCCGAGCCGGGCUGGCAGGAGGGGGCGGCGGAGCCCAGGUGUGGGCGGCCGCCUCCCGCGGGCGGCGCCUGAGGCGGGGGCCGGCCGCCGCCAUGGAGCACAUCCGGAUGCCCAAGGUGGAAAAUGUUCGGUUACUUGAUCGUGUAUCUUCCAGAAAAGCUGCACUGGGCACCUUGUAUUUAACAGCUACCCAUGUCAUAUUUGUGGAAAAUGCUUCUGAAACUCGUAAAGAAACCUGGGUUCUUCACAGCCAGAUUUCCUCCAUCGAGAAGCAGGCCACGACUGCCACCGGCUGCCCUUUGCUGAUCCGCUGCAAGAACUUCCAGGUCAUCCACCUGAUCAUCCCUCAGGAGCGAGACUGCCACGAUGUUUACAUCUCUCUGAUACGUCUGGCACGACCAGUAAAAUAUGAAGAGCUGUAUUGUUUCUCGUUCAAUCCAAAAUUAGAUAAAGAAGAACGAGAACGAGGCUGGAAACUUGUGGACCUCAAUGAAGAAUAUAACCGGAUGGGUAUUCCGAACAACUAUUGGCAGAUUAGUGAUGUAAACAGAGACUAUGGAGUCUGUGACUCCUAUCCUACGGAAGUGUACGUACCAAAAUCUGCAACCGCACACAUCAUAGUGGGGAGCUCUAAAUUUCGAAGCCGAAGGCGUUUCCCGGCUCUUUCUUACUACUGCAAGGAUAACAAUACCUCCAUAUGUAGGAGCAGCCAACCUUUAUCUGGCUUCAGUGCGCGAUGCCUUGAAGAUGAACAGAUGCUCCAGGCCAUUAGAAAAGCAAAUCCAGGAAGUGAUUUCUUAUACGUUGUUGACACUCGGCCCAAACUCAAUGCGAUGGCAAACAGAGCAGCGGGAAAGGGAUAUGAAAAUGAAGACAACUAUUCUAACAUCAAGUUUCAGUUCAUAGGCAUCGAGAACAUCCACGUCAUGAGAAACAGUCUGCAAAAAAUGCUUGAAGUUUGUGAACUGAAGUCGCCUUCUAUGAGUGACUUUCUGUGGGGCCUAGAAAAUUCUGGCUGGCUGAAGCAUAUCAAAGCCAUUAUGGAUGCUGGCAUUUUUAUUGCAAAGGCUGUGGCUGAGGAAGGUGUGAGUGUGCUUGUUCACUGCUCUGAUGGCUGGGAUAGGACAGCCCAGGUUUGCUCGGUAGCGAGCCUUCUAUUGGAUCCGUAUUACAGAACUAUGAAGGGAUUCAUGGUGUUAAUUGAAAAAGAUUGGGUUUCCUUUGGUCACAAAUUUAACCACAGGUAUGGCAACCUAGACGGAGAUCCAAAGGAGAUAUCUCCUGUUAUUGACCAGUUCAUAGAGUGUGUUUGGCAGCUAAUGGAACAGUUUCCUUGUGCCUUUGAAUUCAAUGAAAGAUUCCUGAUCCAUGUACAACAUCAUAUCUAUUCUUGCCAGUUUGGUAAUUUCCUGUGUAACAGCCAGAAGGAGCGACGAGAGCUUAAAAUUCAAGAACGAACAUAUUCGCUGUGGGCUCACUUGUGGAAAAAUCGUGCAGAUUACCUCAAUCCUUUGUACAGAUCGGACCACAGUCAAACUCAAGCGACCCUGCAUCCACAGAUAGCUUCAUGCAACUUCUUGUACAAGUUCUGGAGCGGUAUGUACAACCGCUUCGAAAAGGGGAUGCAUCCACGACAGUCAGUUACUGAUUAUCUGAUGGCAGUGAAGGAAGAAACGCAGCAGCUAGAAGAAGAGCUGGAGGUCUUAGGAGAGCGAUUGGCAAGUCUUCAGAAAGUGCAAUCAAAUGAUAAUAAAGUCAAGAGUAAGCAACAAGACCAAAACAAAGAGUUAGGACGCUCUACUUCUAACAUCAGCUUGGCUAACACUCCCCAGGAGUAUAACAGCAAUCUGAAAUCAUUCCCAUCCCGGAGCCCUUCACAAGGGGACGAAGAAGAUUCAGCCCUGAUUUUGACACAGGACAACCUGAAAAGCUCUGAUCCUGAUCUCUCAGCUAACAGUGAUCAGGAGUCAGGUGUGGAGGACCUAAGCUGCAGGUCCCCAAGCAAUGGUGGCUGCUUGCCUAGUGAAGACAGUGGCAAGGAUUCAGAUGAAGCUGUAUUUCUGGCAGUCUGAAAUACCUUCAUAGCAGCAAGGAUCCAGAUUCAGAUACAGUUGUCUUUCAGUCUGGAAUGACUUUUUUUUCCAUCAGACAGAGAAUGGAAAUAGUCUGUGGCCUAAAGAAACUGAUAACCCAAAGAAAGGGAACUGUGCAAUUGUGUAAGUGAAGAUCUAAGCAAAACAAGCCAUUAUUAGUUGUAAGACAUAACACUAAAGAAUAGUACUCUCUGCUGUUACAAGUAUUUAUUUAAGCCAUUGUGAUGUUUGUUUUAACUGCACAUUAUUCCUUAAUUUGUAAAUUUAUUUCCGUAAUUUAUUGUACAAAAUAAUAAUUCUCCAAAGAUGUGAAACUCCAAAGUAUUCUCUUAUACAUAUGAACAAAGUUGAAGAUAGUGUUAACCUUACUGGUGAAUCAAAACUUACUUUUGUAGACCUUUUUUGCCUUCAGGCAUAUUGUGUAUAUUCUUCACAUUUUUUUUUCAUGGGAGGUGUUAAGUUUUCAAUUUCAACAAUUAUUUUGCAUCUUCUCCUAUUAAAAUCUCUCAAGGCAAAAUAACACCAACAAAUCAAUAUGCUUGCUUAGGGGACUCUGCUCCUGGCAAAAGAUCCUUGAGUGAAUAGCUGCUGCACCUGAGUGAGUCCAGUUUGUACUCGAAUCUCACUCAGUGUCAAAAUUUCAAUGGUUUCUGUGUGCAGACCUUUGAGGAAUAUAAAAAUACUUGCACGGUGUUUAUAGUAAUACAUCACUCUACAAGAUAAAUGUCAGGCAGGGUACUCCAGACUUCUUAUUUUGUUCUGAAGUUCUAUUGUUUACAAUUUACUCCUCUUUAGAAUUGUCUAAAUGAGAUAUAAAGGUUAACAUGUUAAAGGUAAUGAAAAUAUAGAUUCUUCAGCCUAUUUUGAUUCCUGCUUUUCAAUAUUUUAUUUCAGUGGGAGUGAGGUAUCUACACCAUAUGGAGAAUAAGGAGCCUAAAUCACUUUUGAAGGUAUUGCUCCAAGGUCAAAAUUAAAGGAAGGUUAUGCUAAUAAAAGAAAUAGUAUAAAUAGUAUUUCUUUCCAAUUUUAGUGCUUAAAAUAAACUAAGCAGAAUUAAUUUUUUUAAUCUGCACACAAAAUUUCCCUUGCAGGACUUGCCAAUCUGAACACUGCAAUACUAAUGCAAUAAAAAGACCAAUUAAAAGAAUUCUUUGCUCAUUUUUCAGCAUUUUUCUACGUAUGAGUUGAAAUGGAGUAGAACAACAAAACAAAGUUUAUUCUCCAAGUUUGGUUUAAAAAUUUUCAGUUCCAAAUCAUAAGAGCUAUAGCUUUCAUAAUCAUAUAUACAGAAAUAAACCUUGGAAAAAUAUUUAAAACUUGGGACUUUUUGAAACAGCUUACACGAGGCUGUAAUUCUUGCAAUUAUAUUUUUUUUUAAUAAAUAGUUCAAGCAAGCAUUUUAAAAUAUAAUUUGUAUGUCUGCUUUUACCUGUUUGGAGGCAACUUGGUAUUGUGUUCUAGUUAAAAAUAGCAUGGUAGAAGUGUAACUUAUUUUAGUUGUAUUUCAUACUAUUCCUUCAAGGAUAGACUUACAGGCAGAGUUAAAUUAUAUAAAUAUACCUCAGUUUGGAAGUUUAAGGUUUUAUUAUUCAGUCUGCUUUUGUGGUAUGGCUUUUUGUUCUAAGAAACUCCUUUACUAAAAAUGAGUUCGUCAACUUCAGUACUAUGAACAAUCUCUUAAGAGAGCUUCUGCAUUUGACAAAUAAUUCAAUUCCUAAUGGCAAGAUUCAUCUUAAUGUUAUACUGGAAAGGUCAGAUCCUCAAUUUGGGAAAUCACUGUAGCUCAAUUAAAAUAGAGCUAUGAUCAUUUAAAAUCUACUGAGAAUCUAGCCUUCUGUUUUUUAAUCUUUAUGGAUUUUUAAUAAAUGAAAGCCCUGAUUUUAAUUGUGCUUUUAAAAAUAUAUUUCAUAUUUUGAACAUAGCCUGUAAAGUUUAUGGCAUUAAAGGAAAUUUUGAAUGGGUUUUCUUGAAAUAAACAUGCUGUAAAUUCAGCAAUGAAAACGAGACAAAAAUAUUCUGCUUAAUGAGUUUGAGACUAGGCAAUAUUGCACAUCUUUAAAAUGUAAAAUUGUGGUAUUACUGUGUGCUAUUAGACAUACGUCUCAAAAUAAAUACAGAACAUGAACAUAUGCAAAUUUAAAGCA